UAGCGCUGCGCACAAACAGAGAUUUUGAUCAGUGCGUUAAAAGUUUCGGUGGAGUCCGCGCGCACUGAGACUCUCCGCAGAAAGCCGACCUGUUGAGUCCGCGCGCGCCGUCACGGAGCGAAAAAAAAGAAAACAAAAAAAAGAAAACCCGUAUAACCCCGCUGGAGCAGGACUCGAACAACACUGGACUUAUUUAUUACAAAUCGCUAUCAGAGGGCGCUCUUUGCAUUUUUUUUGUUGUUGUUUGUGUUCUCUUGUAAGUCCCAUGUGACAUUUUAGUCGAAUGUUUUAAUUAUUGAAGCGGUCAGUCCUCCAUAGUGACUGAAGAAGGGGCAGUUUUUUUUAACCGAUGAUAGGAGCAAAAAACCGGACUGCAAGGUAAAAGUUUUUUUUCUUCACUUGCAGGUGAUCCUCGGAAGUUACUUCUGAAACAAACGUCUGGAUUAAACCAGAGACGGAAUUUGGGACUUUCAUAAAUAUUUGUCUUUGACAUUUGUAUUAGUAUAUAUUCAUAUAUGAACUUUUGCUAAAGAAGAAAAAAAAAAAAAAUACACAACAAAAAAACGAAACGAUGGAAGUCAGCGCGGAGCAGACCCGCUGGAUAGGCCACCACCCUCACCAUCAUCCUCACCCGGUGCUGAACGGGCAGCACGCGGAGCCGCACCACCCGGGCCUCGGCCACUCGUACAUGGAGCAGCAGUAUCCGGUCGAGGACAUGGAUCUGCUCUUCAACAUCGACUCACAGAGCGGUCACCCGUACUACGGGAACAGGGCCGUGCAGAGGUAUCCUCCACCGCACGGUAGUCAGGUGUGUCGCCCGUCACUGCUGCACGGCUCUCUUCCAUGGCUGGAGAGCAGUAAAGGGAUCGGACCACACGGGGCCUCACCCUGGAACCUGGGCCCACAUUUUCCCAAAGCACCGCUGCACCAUGGCUCCCCGGGGCCUCUGUCUGUCUACCCUCCUCCGCCCUCAUCCUCCGCCUCUUCUUCCUCUUCCUCUUCUUCGCUGUCGACCGGCCAUGCCAGCCCUCACCUCUUCACAUUCCCUCCCACUCCUCCAAAAGACGUGUCCCCAGACCCAGCCGUGUCCACGCAGUCCUCUGGUUCUUCACUGCGGCCCGAAGACAAAGAAUGCCUCAAGUACCAGCUGCCCGAUGGCAUGAAGCUGGAUGCAGCCCACAGCCGUGGCAUGGCCAUCGGAGCAGGCACAGUGGCAUCGUCCUCUUCUGCGCAUCACCACAUCGCCACUUACCCUCCCUAUGUGUCCGAUUACGGGCCGGGGCUCUUCCCACCCAGCAGCCUGCUAGAGGGCCGGGAAUGCGUGAAUUGCGGAGCCACGUCUACUCCACUCUGGCGGCGGGACGGAACCGGUCAUUACCUGUGUAACGCGUGCGGACUUUACCACAAGAUGAACGGCCAGAACCGACCUCUGAUUAAACCCAAGCGGAGACUGUCUGCCGCACGGCGAGCGGGAACUUCUUGUGCAAACUGUCAAACGACCACAACGACGCUGUGGAGGAGAAACGCCAACGGUGACCCGGUGUGCAAUGCCUGCGGCCUCUACUUUAAACUGCACAAUAUCAACCGACCACUCACUAUGAAGAAGGAAGGCAUCCAGACCCGCAACAGGAAGAUGUCGAGCAAGUCCAAGAAAAGCAAAAAGUCACAAGACAGCAUGGACGACUUCUCGAAGAGCCUGAUGGAGAAGAGCAGUUCAUUCAGCCCGGCCGCCCUCUCGCGUCACAUGACCUCAUUCCCGCCCUUCUCGCACUCAGGCCACAUGCUGACCACGCCCACUCCCAUGCACCCUUCCUCCAGCUUGCCCUUUGCCCCCCACCACCCCUCCAGUAUGGUGACCGCUAUGGGUUAGGCUACCUCCAACCCUGACCGUGACCUCAGCCUCAACCACAACUCCUCAACCUUUGACCCUCAACCCCUCAACCUGCUCUCUCCUGGCCCACAGACGACUGCUAUGAGCCCUGUGAAACUUUUGUACGCCCCUACUUCUCACCAACACGAGAGAGAACACGAGAGAGAGUGAGAGAAAGAGAGAGACUUUCUUCAUGCUCCAUCCUGACAGCCUGCUUACGUUGUUAAUCUUAUUACGUCACCACCAUUACUUGUGUACAGGUUCCCUCUCUCGUCGCACAGACACCCAAAGGUGAAGCAGAAAGUUUUAACCCUCUUCUAUCUAUCUAUCCAUCCAUCCAUCCAUCCACCCCUCAAUCCAUUUAUCCAUCCAUCCUGUCAGUCAUCCCUCCAUCUCAUCGUGCUAUCCUUUGGUUUUCUUCAAACGAGAGAUUUGAACUCCAUGAUGUGCGAAAACCACAGAGGAGAGACUUUGCAUAAUAUUUGUACAAAUUGUAUGAAAUACAGUACAUUUAAAAGACUUUUUCAAAGAGAGAAAAAGACUUACAUGAAGCGGGGGAAAGAAAAGUCCAAGGGCAGCUAACGACAAGAAGGGUACGACUUAAACCUGGAGGAAAGACAAGACGCCGAAGCUGGACGUUUUAGCGGCUCUUCCUUGUAAAGAACGAGACAGAGACGGAAUGAAAAUAAGUGAGAAUAAAGGAAUGUGGGCUCUCUGUGUAAUGGAAUGGUGUGUAAUGCAUUAACGCUUGUGUAGUCAGGUCUGUUCCUCUGACUGCCAGCUACUCUUCUGGAUGUGUAAUAGGUCUUUGGCAAUCGGUUUAUGUUCGCGCACACACACACACACACACACACACACACGCACACACGCACGCACGCACGCACUCACUCACUCACUCUUAUUACACACGACCACCUGUUUUGUUCACCUUAAAGACUGUCUUCUGGCCCAGGUUAUAUGCAUUGUGAAAAAAAAGUUCCUGUAUUUGUUAUUUGUAUGUAUAAUUCAGAGUACCAAAAAUACGAAAGAAACAAAGAUGUAGAAUUAUUUCUUUAUGUAAUGCAGACUGAAUGGUUGUACAAAUUUAAUAAUCAAUAGUGUAAAAAAAGACUUGCUUUUUUUGUUGCGUAAUUUUUUUCCCCCUCUUUGAAAAUAAUAAACUAGUUUAAUCUCUGUUCACGUCAUGCA